UGGAAGUCCCUGAUGCGGCGACACACAACCUCGCCGAACUCGCGUUUGCCCACUCCUGCCAAACGGCUACCCGCCGCAAAGAGGACGCGCUGUCAAAACCUCCUCCUCCGACACAUGACGAUGCUCAUGUGGAGGACUAAGUGAGGUUAGGAAGUGCGAGUUUCACUUCCGCCGUCAACGCAGCUGUCCCAUGCCAGCACGAACCUCCUAUCGCUCCGAUAUUGAGAUGCUGAUUGUGCCCGGAGAGAUGCAACGAGACUCGAACUCCACCGCCGGCGACGUCCAGAUGGACGACAUCGAGAAGCACGCGAAUGCCAGCUCGGCCUUCACCAACGAAGACGUCGACAGUCUGGUCUGGAAGGAUCUGACUGUCAACGUCAAAGACCGUACCAGCGGUCAUCAACGCAACAUCCUGGAGAAUGCUUCGGGCAUUGUACGACCUGGAGAGCUGGUCGCUCUGAUGGGACCUUCCGGUUCGGGCAAGACCACUUUGCUUCACACACUGGCUCAGAGACAGACAGCAACAGUCCGAGGUCAAGUCCUGAUCAAUGGCGAGGAGCAGUCGCUUGCCACCCAUCGAGCUAUCUCUGCCUACGUCGAGCAAGAGGACACGCUGAUCGGCAGUUUGACUGUCGAAGAAACAUUGAGAUUCGCAGCCCGCUUGACUUUGCCACGCUCGGUGACCAGGAACGAAGCACGCGAACGUGUCUCAAAGCUCAUUGAGUCGUUCGGAUUGGCUGGCCAGCGGCGCACUCUCAUUGGUACUCCACUACAGAAAGGCAUAUCCGGUGGUCAGAAGAGACGUGUAAGCGUCGCUACGCAACUCAUUACAGGUCCACGAGUUCUAUACCUGGACGAGCCGACUUCUGGUCUAGACUCGACCGCGAGCUACGAAGUCAUCUCGUUCAUUCGAGACAUCGCUCGGCGCAACAAGUUGAUCGUAAUCGCCAGUAUUCACCAACCCUCCACUAAAACUUUCGAUCUGUUCUCCAAAGUCACCUUGCUUUCGCAGGGCAAGACUGUGUACAAUGGCGACGUCUCCGGAAUGUCUGCGUUCUUCGCCGAGGCUGGCUAUCCAAUACCAUCGCACAUCAAUCCUGCCGAGGAGGCUCUCGACCUUAUCAACGUCGAUUUCUCUGGUGAUGCUGCCCAAGCCAACCUUGAGACGAUCCUUGCGAAAUGGGGAAAUUCCCCUCGUGCUCAGCAAGUCAACGACGAAAUAAAAGGCUUCUCGGUCCGCAAGCAACUGCAUCUCACUGCACACAACAAGCCGGGAUUCGUCGCCCAAACCAUGACUCUCCUGCAUCGAUCGUUCAUCAAGAGCUACCGUGACCUGGUCGCAUAUUGGGUGCGCGUGGCAAUGUAUAUGGGCCUUGCGAUUAUGAUGGGAACAGUAUGGUUGCGCCUCGGAUCAACGCAGCGGAACAUACAACCAUUUGUCAAUGCCAUCUUCUUCGGGUCGGCCUUCAUGAGUUUCAUGGCUGUUGCCUACGUACCGGCCUUCCUCGAAGAUCGCGCAAUCUUUGUCAAAGAACGCGCAAAUGGCUUGUACGGUCCUACGGCGUUUCUGGUGGCGAACUUCCUCAUCGGCUUGCCGUACCUGUUCCUCAUCUCUGUGCUCUUCUCGAUUGUGUCCUAUUGGCUCAUCAACCUGCGACCAGAUGCUGGUGCUUUCUUCACCUGGAUCAUGUGGCUCUUCCUGGAUCUGCUUGCCGCGGAGUCGCUCGUUGUCUUCAUGUCGAGCUUAUUCCCCAACUUUGUGGUUGCACUGGCCCUGAUUGCAUUUGCCAAUGGACUUUGGAUGAGCGUUGGCGGCUUUCUCGUGUCAAUGCCGGUGCUCAACGCCUUCUGGAAGUAUGUUUUCCACUAUAUCGACUACCAAGCGUACGUCUUCCAAGGCAUGAUGGUCAAUGAGUUCAAAGAUCGCAGCUAUUCCUGCGAGCAACGCGCGGGACAGUGCUACUGCAUGUAUCCUAGCGAGCUUCAAGACGAGUGCGGGAUUGCGGGAACCGCAGUUCUCUCCGAGUAUGGCUACGCAUUGGGCCGCGAAGGCAAAUGGGUCGGCAUUAUGAUUGCUAUCAUCGUGGUAUAUCGGCUGUUGGGCUGGGGCGUAACCUGGGCUCGCAAGACUUAACGACGGCACGCGAAAAAAGGUUUUGGGAGUUCAUGAUACCCUGGGCGUCGGUUUCCCGGCUUUGGCGUUAGGAUGGGACCUUGGGACGCAACAAAGGCUGGUGACGCAACGUAGCGAGCAGAUAAUGGCGACUCAGCACAGGUACAGCACACGACAUGGAGCAGAGUCUGCAAUUCCGAUCGAUGCGCGUGGCGAAGGUGCACCGUAACAGUCGGUACCAGAACGUGAUGUGAAUCGUUCGCUGACUGCAGACGCCCUGUGCCGCUGUGCAAUCCGUCUGCGAGCCGGCAGCGCGUCGUCAACUCCUGUGCAUGACAGCAACAAAGAUGAAGUUCAUGCAUCUCAGCACUCUGCAGCGAAGUGUGAAAAGGUGACGGGCCCCUAAUCAGGAAAUAAGCUUUGAUGAUCUCUAAAAACGGCUGCAAAUAGGGUGCCGAACUGAUUCGGGACGGACCCUCACACGACUCUUUGAGCUGUACUAAUUCUCCCUUGCCUCCACACCAUGGCCGUUCCGGCCGCAGUCUGCAGACGCCAUCGCGUCUGGAAAGUGGGCAGGUCGCGCAGUCCCGCAAUCUGAGGAUACGAAACGGAGCGCUGCUCAAGGACAAACUGUCUUCUUCUCAUCAACCACCUGCCACGCGUCAUCGUGG